UUCUCUCAUCAUAUGUUAUCAACCGGUUACUUCUUCUUCUCUCUCUCUCUGUCUUUCUCUGAACAUUGAUUUUCACUUUCGUUUCCUACACAACUACGUUUCCUCUAGAUCCAACUACUUCCGUUACCACUAUUCGCUUCUCCUUUGUUUUUCCUACCUCAAUCGCACUCUGUUAGGUCCAAACCCUCUUUUCUCUCUAUGCCAUUCCCCCAGUUGGGAAGGGUGUACUGGAAUCAGAGUGUAGCGGCCGGGUGCAGAUUUAUUGAUAGUCUCGUCGCUUUUCAAGGAUGGGUAAGUGCAAAGGUUGCGGGAAGUUAGGAAGAAUGAGUACAAGUUAUGGAUCUAAGAGUAUUUAUGAAUUUUCUUUGAUGCUGUCUCCUGUUGUUUCUUUUUGGGACUGUAUAGUUCGCAAAAUGAGGUACUCCUACAGACCUGAGUGGGUGUAGUGGUUUCAGAACGCGUCAUUAGUACUAGCCUUGAUACUUCAACUAAUAUAGAAUAUAUUAGCAUAAUAGUUUUAGGGAAAGAGUGUGAAAUUAUAGAUAAAUGUAUACUGCUCUGAAGAAAAUCUCUUGAAGGAGGAUAGGAGUUUAUAAAAGUAAUUUUAAGUAUUUACAUUGGUAGUAAGUUCUAUGGAUAGCAUGGCAUGUAACAAGGGGCAACAAGUGAGAAAGACGAAGAAGAAGCAGGUGAAAGAUGAGUUGGAUCGUCUGAAACAGGCUGAAAAGAAAAAGAGGCGCUUGGAGAAAGCACUAGCUACUUCUGCUGCCAUCAUCUCUGAACUGGAGAAAAAGAAACAAAAGAAGAAAGAAGAACAACAGAGACUUGAUGAAGAGGGUGCUGCAAUUGCUGAAGCUGUUGCUCUGCAUGUCCUGCUCGGUGAAGACUCGGACGAGUCGUGUAACGUUGUCAUUAAUGAAGGUGGGUGCAAUUCGUGGAAUUAUAAUCAUGGUCUUGACUUCUUCAUGGGUGGAAAAAGAGCUUGCUUUCCUCAUCUAGAUGGCGGAACAUGGUCUGUCACUGCUGAAAAUGGCAACUGGUCUUUCUCAUCUGGGCCUUUCGAAUUUGAAAAGAAUGUGCAUGAGCCACUUUACGAAGAUGCCGGAUGGGGUUGUACGGGUUUAUCUGCUGAUCUGAUAGCAGCACAAGCAGCGAGAUCGCUCCAUAUUGCAGAGGACACCGAUGAAGAUAGGAUUCUCUUCUAAUUCUAAUACUGUUUUGUCUUUGAUGGUGACUUGAUGAAGUCUCUUGUUAUUUUACUUGAGUUUGUCAUCUGUAUAUAAUUAUAUAUCAUGAGUCAUGUGCUUGUCAAACACAUUCUGCUUCAGUUGUGAUUGAACACAUCAUGUUCUGUUCUGAUUUUUCUUUA